UGCGCAAGUAUCAACAGGAAACGAAAAUCUGAACUUUGUUGACGAAAGGUCCGUGUGAAACCGCACGAAUAUUUAACUAGUUACCGGAAUUAGACAAGGGCCUUGACUGGUCGUAGGACAUCCUUGCCGAUAAUGGAUGAUUCGGAGUCCGGCAGUCCUACUGCAGAUGAUGGCACAUCCACCGUCAGAGAUGAAGAUCUCAAAGAUGGGGAUAACUCUGGGACAGGUGGAGUUGUGCCCCUUGAGAGGCCAGUGACACCAGGUCAGGAUGCGGAAGCCCAAUCAAACACUGUCAAUGUCAUACCUCACGAUACGGAAGGUGGUCAGGAUAAUGUGCAACAAAGAGCAGACAAUGUUGCAGAGGCUGUGAGACAGGAUGAAAAUGGUGAGGGUCCACCGACAGAGCCUGUUGCAGCUGAAGCUGCUGCUGGUUCUCCCAAACCAGAUCAGGAUGCAGACGAGGCAAAGAAAAUACCUGAUACACCUGCAGAGAAACCUCAGGUGGUGUCAGGAGAAGAUGGGGAGCCAGACCACAGAGAAUCAGAGACUGGUGUUAUUAACUGUAAUGCUCCUACUGCAAGUAUGACACUUGAAGAACACAGGGAAGACGUUGCAGACACUUCUGCACAGUCUGAAGGCCCUAAGCCUGCUUCAAACUUUUCAUCACCUGAGACCAAAGUGUCGGCUGUCAUGAGUGACCCUGGUGAUUCAUUUGGAUCGCAGCAUUUUGAUACUGGUAGAGAAAGUGAAGAAGAGCCAGAUGGUAGGGAGAGAGAUGGUUUAGAGAACAGCGAAGAAGCAAGGGUUGUUGUGAAGGAGGUUCUCAGCAAAGCACUCAUGAUCAACAGUGAUAGUGACACAUCUCUAAAGUCUGACUCUGGGUUUGUUCCAGCAGACAAGUCGGCUGCUGAUGGUGCAGCAGCACUGUCAGUUGGAGAAGGGAAGGAUGGGGAUGGGGAUACUGACUCCAAGGGUCCUGCUGAUUUAUCUGCCGAUAAGCAUUUGAUGCAGGCAGAUUCGAGUGAUGAGGAAAGAUUGUUGGAUGUAGAUCAAGAUGGUAGUAAACGUCCACCAGAACUAGAGGAGGAUCAUCUUUUUCUUCAUGUCGAACAAAACCAUGACUUUGACGAAAGCAGUCCUGAAGCUGAGCGGGUCAUUGAGCCUCAGACAAAGGAAGCUGAGGAUGAAGGAGAUGAUGAAGCUGAAGGCGAUGAUGAUGAUGAUGACGAUGAUGAUGGUGUUAAGGUUGUGUGUGUUGGGGAAGGUUCUCAACAUCCGGAAUACCCUAUGAAUUAUGGCAACUACAAAGUGUGCAGACAGGUUUCACCUGGAGUCAAGGAGUGUUUGAUAUUAGAGACUGGAGAACAUAUCAAGUAUGACAAAAAGAAAAGAAAAUGGACCUGUUCAGAAUCCCCAUCCGCUUCACCAAGAAGAUCAGAUGAUGAGAGUGCACGUCGGUCACUAAGUGAAAGCUCAGGGGGAUCUCCCAAGUCUGACAAUGAAGGGGAGAGAAAGGCUUUCAAGAUAGUGAAAACUCCACCUGCAAUGAAAGGCACUGUGUUUAUGAGCCUAAAGCUUGGAGAUUUUGAUGGUGCAAAUGGGCAGGUGGAUGCAGAGAGGAGUGAGGUGCAUGAUGAAGGGAGACAACUAGUACAUCAGCCAGACAUCAAGGAUGAAGAACAGGAACAAGAUAAGGUCGGUGGGGCAGGUCAGGAGGUUCAGGAUGACACUCGAGAAGGUUCCGGUGCUGAGGCAGAGCAGAUAUCGGAUGUUCUUGAAACCUCCCCUGAGGAAGUUCAAUCUGGGAGGAAGGUUAGUGAAGGAGUGGAGCUUCAAGAGUCCUUUCUGUCUGAGGUUCCUGGCAAUGGCAUUCUGAAGAGCAGAGAGGAACAGGAGUUGCCACCUAGUAGACCCAGCAAUGCUGGAAGCCCUGCAUCUCUGGGUAAACCUCCAAUGUCUCCACGGAUGAGGCCCAGCUAUGAACAGAGAGAUCUUGCGUACAGGUCCCCACCGAGGCGGAGGGAGGAGGUUGAUGGGAGACGCUAUGAGAGUGUUGAUCAGAGUCGAGAAUCAUACACGACUGAUUAUGGGAAUAGCAUCAAUGGUAGUUAUAUUACUGGACGACUUCGACCACAUGACCAAUACCACUCUCUGCCAACUCAUGAUCUAUCAAGAGCUGACCACAGACAUCUGUAUCAGUCUGAAGUUGUCACAUCCCCACCCAGCUCCGGCCCAGUACCAGGAUAUAAUACACUGAAAGAUCAACAGGUGUCCUGGCUGAAGAUGUUCAAGGUGCUGGAGGACCAGCACAGGACACAGCUCCAGUCCCAGUACUCGGAGCACCAGCGCCUCAUCCAGGACAUCCAGGACCAGAUGGAGAGGGAGCUGCACAAGCAGCAGUCGGCCAUCCAGCACCGCCUCCACUCACACCGGGAGCUGCUCCGGGAUGCCUCACCCCUGGCUGACCGAGUCCUCAGUGACCUAGCCACUGACCAGUACAGCCGGCGCCCUGUCUCUCCGGUCAUGGAGCCUUACAGAGGUGGACUGGUGGACUACAGUUCCGGGGAUUCUGGAGAAGGGGAAGAGGAAGAGGAUAUGCCAUACGGUGGACUGUCUCGUGGUCCCACAUCAUCGGACCCAUUGCGGACUCCGAGUCUCCGGUCCCCUUCAGAGAGAAGGGUUCCAUCCCAUGACGGUCUCGGUGAAUAUCUGGGACAGACAUCGACAUCAAUGCCUGUACGAAGGUCCCUUGAACUUGCCUUUGACUCCCCUAGUCGGUCACCAGAACGUAGCUAUGUGGCCAUGGAGACUGGAUAUGUAUCGCCAAGGAGAUCCACGGGUUUGGGAGAUUCAAGCUUGUCAAGGACAAGGUUGGAUGUGACGGGAGACCGUCUGCUCCGGGGCGGUGUGUACAGCAGUCCUAUGCCGAUGUCCAAGGUGAAGAGCUCUAACAGGUCAUUGUCUUUUUCGAAGAAAUCCUUAUCAGAAAGUCAGCACUCAAGCCCCCCACCAGUUUAUGAGCACCGACCUAGUCCGGCUGCCGAACGACCGUUUGAUGUGCGUCUCCGCCACGACCUUCCCUAUCGUGGCGAGGAGUCCGUGCUAAUGGGAGACUCUUUGUUUGAUGACAGUCAGCUGUCCAUGAGUACGAGAAUCAACCUGCGAGAGAAGCACGCCAAGCACCUGUCUGACCUGAGGGAAUACUACGAGGCAGAAAUGGCAGAGUUGAGGUCAACAUUAAGUGCUGCACACACAUCCAGUGAAUCUGCACAUGAACGAAUCCUGCGAGAGGAGAGCCAAGAACUGAAACUGCGAUGUCAGAGCUUAGAUGAUCAACUUCAUGAUGCCAAAGUACGAAUAAGGGACCUCGAACAAAAAUUACAAGGGUUAGAAAUUCGUGCGACCGAUUACUCUACACGCUAUGAUGAGUCGCAGCGAGUGGUGUUGAAGCUACGAGGGCGGGUUGACGAACUUCACUCUUUCGUCAAAGACAAGGAUAGUCAGUGUGGGGAUCUUGAAGCUAAAAACAGACAGCAGGCCCAAGCUUUGAAAGAUGCGUACAAGCAUCAACAUGAGUUGACAGACAGCAAUAGACGGGACAAGGAGGCUCUCAAGAGGCUGCUUGACAAGUAUGAUGAUUUGGAGAAAGAGCAUGAUAUUUUAAGGGGUCGUAUGGGGGACAGUGAUAGAAAACUACACUUGUCUCGCCAAGAGGUGGCAGAACGUGACAAGAUUAUUUCCAAGUUGGAACUUCAUAACAAACAGCUUGGGAGGGAGAAUGAGAACUUGAAACACAAGGCAGCAAUUGCACUGAGUAUGGCGUCAGCAAAGACCAGCUACGAAGACUCAUACGGAUAUAGUGAUAUUCAUCGCUCAGCUGAACCGAAUCAAGGGGAGAUAACCAAUGGCAGGACUCCUGCUGUGCCAUACAGGUCCAUGGAAAGGUUGUACGUGAGUGAACCCGGGGGUCAGCGGAGAGUGGAAUCAUCUCCAGAGUCGGAUGUUGACAGUGACAGCGCGCCCUCACCUCUACUGAAGGCCGAGCGGGAGCUUCGCAGACUUCAGACUGACUCCUCCACCAGCUUCAGGGAUGGUUUCCAGCCAAAACUGCAGAAGAAAUUUUACGGAAGUGAAGUCGCCUACCCAGGAAGGUACAGAGAGGCUGCCUCUAACUCAACACUUGAUUCAUCACGAUCUCAACCAAAAAAUACCUCGUCGGGAAAGUCAUCAAACUCACCCAAACCCAAAAGUCAAAGUCGGAAUAUGUCUCGGUCCGAUACUCAAAUUGAUUCUGUAGGAACUCACAAUGGUAUCCUGUCUCCGAAGCGGACCAAACUAAAACUGCAGCCCAAAGAACAAUCCACUCCAACGAGGAUGGACGUCAGUCUGAACAACUUGACCAAUGGUCAUGAGAGCAGCCAAAAGAUCACCAAGGACAAAUUGUCAAGGUCACGGUCAGAGCAAGCUGUCCCUUCCGCUGUGGAGGUGUCGACCAGGAAAAGCCCAGGAGGCAAGUCUGUAGAGGGCACCCUGGCCAAGGUCCGAUCAGGGAAUUACGUGUCUCGUCCACAGUGGGAGGAUGUAGACACGUCCAUGGCACGACCCGCCAAAUCUCAGACGUCUCCCAGACAGAACAUGACUCGAGAAGAGCGACUACGAGAACGACUUCAGACGGUCGACAAACUAGAGCGGCACUAUGACGAUCUGCAGGCUGAAAAGAGAAAGCUGGAGUCAGCACUGAUCAAAAUUCCAAUUCAUGGUCGAAACAGGAAGAUGAUUCAAGACCAGGGUGAGCUGGAGGGAAGAUUGGAUCAAGUGGACAAGGAACUAGGAUCGGUCAGAAUGUCUCUCAAGCGGUUCCAGGUUCUCAAGUCGACCAUCUGAUACUUGUCCCACAACUUACUACGUCUUCCCAUGUCAACAUUCCUCACAAACUGUUUACAAACUAAGGCGUGUGCUUGUUUGUUUAUGAUAACAAACUAGCUGUUCAGGUUGUUAAUAUGGAUGAUAAUUGUUGAUCCUUAAAUUGGCUAGUUUGAGAUUCAGCAUAUCAGAAAUAUGUGUGGUUAAAUCGUCCCUCUUAGAAUAUCUGAGAUGGUGAAAUUUCAGGAAGUGAUAUUGAAAUCGUUUUCCUUUGAUUUCGUGACUGUUAUUAUCUAUUGGUCUAUUAUCUAUUCAACUGUCUAUUCGUGAUUGUGUAGAACAUUCUACGGACAUCAUAGCUUUGCGAA